AUGUGGCCCAACAGCAGCUUCAAUUCCUUCCUCUUGACGGGUUUUCCAGACUUGGAGGCAGCUCACCGCUGGAUUUCCAUACCCUUCUUUCUCGUCUACCUCUCUGUCCUUUUAGGCAACGGCGCCCUCCUCCUUCUCGUCAAGGAAGACCACAGUCUUCACGAGCCCAUGUACUACUUUUUGGCCAUGCUGGCAGCCACAGACCUGGGGCUGACCUUGACCACGAUGCCCUCGGUGCUGGGAGUCCUCUGGCUGGACCACAGGGAGAUCGGACACGUAGCCUGCUUCUCGCAAGCCUACUUCAUACACUCCCUUUCCUUUGUAGAAUCUGGCAUUUUGCUCGCUAUGGCUUGUGAUCGUUUUAUUGCCAUUCGCAACCCCCUCAGAUAUACCUCCAUACUCACCAAUACUCGAGUGGUGAAGAUGGGGCUGGGCAUUCUGAUGAGGGGGUUUGUCUCUGUCGUCCCCCCAGUCUUGCCCCUGUACUUUUUUCCAUAUUGCCACUCCCACGAGCUUUCCCACGCAUUCUGCCUUCACCAGGAUGUCAUCAAACUGGCCUGUGCGGACACCUCCUUCAAUCGACUGUAUCCAGUGGUGCUUGUAGCUCUUAUAUUUGUGCUGGACUCUCUGGUCAUCCUUGUUUCCUAUGUGCUGAUCCUCAGGACUGUCCUGAGCCUUGCCGCCCGAGAAGAGAGGGUCAAGGCCCUCAACACCUGCGUCUCUCAUAUCUGCUGUGUCCUGGUUUUCUAUGUCACCGUGACUGGGUUGUCUCUGAUCCAUCGGUUUGGGGAGCAGGUCCCACAGAUUGUCCACCUCAUCAUGAGUUAUGUCUACUUGCUGUUCCCUCCCCUGAUGAACCCUGCCAUCUACAGCGCCAAGACCAAGCAGAUCCAGAGAGGCAUUCUUCGCCUUUUUGCUACCUGGAGAGUUAGAGCCUGA